AUGUCUCUGCCAAGUAGACAAACAGCUAUUGUUAACCCUCCUCCACCUGAGUACAGAAACACUAAGAAGAAUGGGCGCUUGACAAAUCAACUACAGUAUCUACAGAAAGUUGUCCUCAAGGCUCUAUGGAAGCAUAGUUUUUCUUGGCCUUUUCAACAGCCUGUGGAUGCCGUGAAGCUCAAGUUGCCUGAUUAUUAUACUAUUAUAAAAAACCCAAUGGAUUUAAAUACAAUUAAGAAGCGGUUGGAGAAUAAAUAUUAUGUGAAGGCUUCAGACUGUGUAGAAGACUUCAAUACAAUGUUCUCAAACUGUUACUUAUACAACAAGCCUGGAGAUGACAUUGUUCUUAUGGCACAAGCUCUAGAGAAGUUGUUUAUGCAGAAAUUAUCUCAAAUGCCCCAAGAUGAGCAAGUUGUUGGUCGUAAGGAAAGAAUGAAGAAAGACAUUCAACAGAAAGUACCAGUUUCUUCUGUUAAAGAACAAACAUCUUCCAAAGCAACAGGAAAUAUAUUCAAGCAGCAAGAAAUUCCCUCUAGGUUUCCAGAGACUCUACUCUCUCCCUUAAACAUGGUACAAGAAGCUCCCCUCAACUCUGACCCACAAACUAUGGUCCAAGCUACAAAGGGUGUGAAGAGGAAAGCAGAUUCAACAACCCCUGUAGCUUCUGUAGUUAAAGAAAGUAGUGAAUCUUCUCUGACACUUAAAGAAAGAAAAUCAAUGAAUAUGCCAAUAAAAGAAAAUGUACUGAAGAAUGGUAUUCUGGAACCUCAGCAAUGUGGAAUUGUAAAGAGCACUAAAGUAACUGAACAGCUAAGCUACUGUAGUGAGGUUCUUAAAGAAUUGCUUGCAAAGAAACACCUGCCAUAUGCACAGCCUUUUUAGAGUCCCGUUAAUACUAAUGCUUUGCACCUCCGUAACUACUAUGACAUUGUCAAAACUCCAAUGGAUCUUAGCACUAUCAAGGAGAAGAUGGAUCAGCAAAAAUAUAAAGAUGCAUAUGAGUUUGCCGCUGAUGUUAGACUCAUGUUCAUGAACUGCUACAAAUACAACCCCCCCAACCACAAGGUAGUGGCAAUGGCUAGAAUGUUUCAGGACGUUUUUGAAAUGCAUUUUGCCAAGAUCCCUGAUGACUGUAUGGAGAGGUCGCCUUCAUGUCACCUGACACCAGACCACACGAGAGACCGGGGAAGAGAAAGCAGUAGUGAGGCUUCCUCUGAAGAGGCCUCAUCAAAAGAUUCUGAAGACGAAAAAGAGCAGUGUCUGGCAAAGCUUCAAGAACAGCUUACUGCUGUUCAUCAGCAGUUACAAGUUCUUUCCCAAGUACCUUUACGUAAGCUGAAGAAAAAGAGUGAAAAGUCUAAAAGAGCAGCAAUAAGAGAAAAGGUUAAGAACAAAGAUGAAAAUCCAAGAAAAAAACUUAAGCUGAUAAAACAAAGGGAAAAGUGUAAAAGCAAUCAACCGAAGAAGAAACCUCCUUUAAAACCUGAAAGUGAACAUUACGCUAAGCCUAUGAACUAUGAUGAGAAGAGGCAGUUAAGUUUGGAUAUAAAUAAACUCCCUGGAGAUAAACUUGGCCGAAUAGUUCAUAUAAUAAAUUCAAGAGAACCCUCACUUGGAAAUUCCAGUCCAGAUGAGAUAGAGAUAGACUUUGAAACACUACAACCAUCAACGCUAAGAGAACUACAAAAAUAUGUUUCAGCAUGCUUGAGAAAACGAUCUCUCAAACCUAAUGCUAAGAAAAUACUGAAGUCAAAAGAAGAACUUCAUUCACAGAAAAAACAGGAGUUGGAAAAGCGGUUAUUGGAUGUCAACAAUCAAUUGAAUUGUAGAAAGCAGCAAACAAAACCUGAGAAGACACAAACAUUGCAACCAUCCAGAGCAUUUGCAGGUGUGUCCCGCCUAAGUGACAGCAGCAGCAGUGGCAGCGGUGGUGGCAGUGGCAGCAGCUCGUCUGAGUGUGACAGCAGCAGUGACGCAAGCUCCUCUGACAGCGAUUCCGAACCAGCAAUACGUCCUAAAUUUACUGGAGUAAAAACGAAUGACUUACCUCCCAAAGAGAAUGUAAAGACACAGUCUUCUGUGCAAGACACAGCCUCUUCUGAACCUUGUGCUUCCCAGCAGACCACAAAGCCAAGUGGAGCACAAGCGAAUCAUCAUCAACCCACAUGUGAGCACCAUGCUGUCAACCACCUGCACACUGUGGAGACCAUGGCCCCUGUGCGGAGUCAGACACCCUCAGGUAACACUAAGCAAGUCUUGAAUGGUCACACUGUGAUGCUUACAUCUGCCAAUAAUAACACAGCAGCGCAGGAACCAGAGUAUCAAGUUCCUGUGCAGAAGGAUAUAAAGAUUAAGAAUGCAGACUCUUGGAAGAGUUUAGGCAAACCGGUGAAAUCAUCAAGUGUGCUGAAAUCCUCAGAUGAGCUUUUCAACCAGUUUAGGAAAGCAGCAAUAGAAAAGGAAGUAAAAGCUCGAACACAAGAACAAACACGAAAACAUCUGGAAUAUAAUACAAAAGAACCAAAAGUAUCCCAAGAAAAUCAAAGGGAGCUUGGAAGUGGAUUGAUAAUAGAAACAUUUUCAAAUCAAAUGCAAAGCAAGUGCCAUGGAGAAGAACAGAAAGAACUUCAUCAGUCUUUGGAAGUUCAAGAUCAAAGCAAGCUAUGGCUUCUCAAAGACCGUAAUCUAGCAAGGGAAAGAGAGCAAGAGCGGAGGAGGAGAGAAGCAAUGGCUGGUACCAUUGAUAUAACUCUUCAAAGUGACAUUAUGACAAUGUUUGAAAACAACUUUGAUUAA